UCAGUCUGUUGAUUGAAGUCAGAACGUGAGGUCUAAUCAUUAAAUAUUUAUCCGAUUCAACAAAAAUUUACAAAAAUGAAAAGAUAUUUGGAGAUCUUUCUGUUUGCUUGGAUAUUUUGCAAUUGUGAUACAUCACAUAUUAAAGGUGGUUCUGCAAGAACUCGUCAUAGUUCAACUAGAAACAACAUUGUUUGUAUGACUGAUGAAUGUAAAAAAGCUGCAAAAACCAUCUCAGAUAAAAUUGACAAUUCAGUUUCUCCAUGCGAAAAUUUUUAUAUAUUUGCAUGUGGUCGUUACAUCAAAAACAUUGAAAUUCCGGAGGACAAAACAGUUUUGGACGGGUUUAGUGUUGUUCGUGAUGUGCUUCAAGAUCAAAUGCGGAAUAUUAUUACAGCACCAACGAAACCAAAUGAAAUUGAACCUUCGAAAAUGGUGAAAAAACUUUAUUCCGCUUGUUUAAAUAAAGAUUUUAUUGAAAAGAGAGAACUUGAUCCAAUCAGAAAUAUCCAUAAAGCAAUGGGUGGAUGGCCAGCCGUUGAAGGAGAUAAUUGGGAUGAAAAAGCAUGGAGCUGGCAAAAAGCAGCAAUAAAUUGUCGUAAAUAUGGCUAUUCUGUCGACUACGUAAUUGAUUUCUCGGUUUCAACUGAUUUGAAAAAUUCUUCUACCAAAAUUAUUGAUAUUGAUCAAUCGGAUCUUGGUUUAAGUCAAGUUUUCUUGAAAAAAGGAAUUGACCAUCCCGUUGUGAGUGCAUACCAUAGUUUUCAAGUGGAUAUGGCUGUUCUUUAUGGUGCUGACAGAAAACAUGCAGAAGAACAAAUGAGAGAGGCUUUGGAAUUUGAAUUUGGUCUUGCGAAUAUUUCACUACCAAGCGAAAAGCGUCGAAAUGCGUCAGCUUUGUACAACCCAAUGACAAUUGGAGAAGUUCAAAAAAGAUUCCCGUACAACGAUUGGAAAGACUAUUUUAACAAAAUUCUUCCGGAAACUACUCAAGUAAUGGACGAUGAAGUGAUCGUUGUUUAUGAUAUUGAAUUCUUUGAACAACUUGGUAAACUGUUGGAAGAAACACCAAAACGAGCAAUAGCAAAUUAUAUCAUGUGGCGAGUUGCUGCAGAGUCGACAAAUUAUUUGACAGAUAAAUUGAGAAAACGUCAACUCGCAUAUGCUGGCGCACUUAUUGGACAACAAACGGAAGAACCGCGUUGGAGAGAGUGUAUCAACUUAGUGACAAGUAAAUUCGAAAUAGCUUCUGCUGCGUUAUAUGUCCGAGAAUAUUUCAAUGAAAUGUCAAAAAGUGUCGCUCUGGAUAUGGUUAAUAAUAUUAAGCAAGAAUUUGAAAAAAUCUUAAAAACAAUUCCCUGGAUGGAUAAACAGACAAAAUCUGUAGCAUUGGAUAAAGUUAGAAACAUGGUGACUCAUAUAGGAUAUCCCGAUGAAUUAGGAGAUGAUAAGAAACUCACUGAAUUUUAUAAGAAUGUCACAAUUGAUGAAAACAAAUUCCUUGAAUCAAUUUUAAGCAUUAACAUCUUUGAAGCUGAUCGUGAGUAUGAAAAACUUCGAAAAUCUGUUAAUAAAAGCGACUGGGAAACUCAUUCCAAAGCUGCCGUUGUAAAUGCUGCUUAUUCUCCUAUUGAAAAUUCUAUUCGUUUUCCAGCUGGAAUUCUUCAAGGCCAGUUUUUCUCAGCUGAUCGACCGUUAUUCAUGAAUUAUGGUGCCAUUGGCGUUGUUAUUGGUCACGAAAUUACUCACGGAUUUGAUGACGUAGGUCGCCAAUUUGAUGCAAAUGGAAACCUUGAAGACUGGUGGCAACAAUCAACAGCAGAUGCAUAUUUAGUGAAAGCAAAAUGUAUUAUUGAUCAAUAUGGAAAUUUCACAGAAUCUCUGACAGGUCUAAAUUUGAAUGGAAUCAACACACAAGGUGAGAACAUUGCUGACAAUGGAGGAGUCAAAGAAGCAUAUUUGGCUUAUCAAGAAUAUUCAAAAAAGCACGGAAAGGAAUUGCAACUUCCCGGAUUAAAUUAUUCUGUUAAUCAACUCUUCUGGAUUGCUUCUGCACAGACUUGGUGUGCUAAAUUUAGACCUGAAGAAUUACAAACAAGAAUAUUAACAGGAAAACAUUCACCAAAUGAAUUUCGAGUUUUGGGACCAUUCAUUAACAUGAAAGAAUUCUCAAAAGAUUUCAAUUGUCCAGAAAGUUCCACAAUGAAUCCUGUUGAAAGAUGUGAAGUUUGGUAAAAACAAAAAAAAAUUGGAGCAAGGGAAUAAAUAUUUUAAUUACAUUUCGAGUUUAAUCAAUAAAGACAGUUUGGGAAGA